AUGGUGAAUCCCGCUAUCGCCAACCCCGAAGACUUCAUCGCACAAUUCAACAAGGCCCUCAACGCCGCGUCCUCGUCGCGGCUACGGCAUAUCAUCCGCGACUUAUGCCGGCUGCUCCCGCCGGCGAUCUCAAUCGUCUCCGACACCCUGCUCGUGACCGAGGACCAGGUCGCCGUGGAACGCGACGACGCCGACUCAAACUCAGACUCAGAGUCCGACUUCGAUUCAGACGCAGCGUCGGAAACAAGCGCGGGCGAGCCCGAACCCGCAGACGGGAUCCUGGAAGUCAGAGCGCCGCCGGUGCCGGUAGCCGCGGCGAGGAAGAGGCUUCGUCCGCGGUAUGCGGUGUGUGUGCAGUGUGAGGCGGAGUAUGAUGUCACGCUGAAUGAUCGGGAGAGCUGUUACUAUCACCCUGCACCCCCCGAGCCCGAUGACGAUGCGUGGGCGGAGCAUGACGAGUAUAUGCGUGGUGAUGUUAAUACGGAGGAGAUGCGGCAGGAGUAUCCGGACAAAUUCUAUUAUCCGUGCUGUGACCGGGAAUAUGGGGAAGAGGGGUGCAAGGUGGAUUGGCAUGAGGAGGAUACGUCUGGUCGAAAGAGGAGGAGGUAUUAG